GUCCUCUCUCUCUCUCUCUCUCAAUUUCUUUCAUUUUUUUCGACGAACCUUCAUUUCUCUUUUUUUUUUUCUCUGAUUUGAUCGCUUCGAAGAACGAAUCAAUUCAAGUUUGCCUCCCUAACCCUAGAAGACGAAAACGCACGAAGAAGAAGACGAAGUCGAACUUGAACUUGAAGACAACGACUGACUGAUUCAAAGAAGAGAAGAAGAUCUUCUUUAUAUAUAUGUAUAACAACUUCAAUCUUCAAUCGAGCUUUGCAAUUUUCAGAUCGUGAAAUCGAAAGCUAUGAAACCGAUUCAAUCGCCACCAGGAGGAGUAUCAUCAUCCGUUCCGGUUAAGAGCCGUCCUCGUCGCCGUCCUGAUCUUACCUUACCGCUUCCUCAGCGCGAUGUAUCCCUCGCCGUACCUCUCCCUCUCCCACCACCUACUUCUUCCGGUGGAUCUGCGCCGUCUUCCGGUGGUUCUGCUUCUGCGUCGUCUUCAUCAGCUACGAGCUGUAACAGCUCCUCCUCCUCCUCCUCGGAACCUAAGAACUAUUCGGAUUUAGUGCGAGGUAACCGGAUCGGAAGCGGAGCUGGUGGAACGGUUUAUAAAGUGGUUCACCAUCCGAGCUCUCGCUUAUACGCGCUCAAGGUGAUUUACGGUAACCACGAGGAGACUGUGAGGCGUCAGAUCUGUAGAGAGAUCGAGAUUUUGCGAGAUGUGAACCACCCAAACGUUGUGAAAUGUCACGAGAUGUUUGAUCAGAACGGUGAGAUCCAGGUUUUGCUUGAGUUUAUGGAUAAAGGUUCUUUGGAAGGUGCUCAUGUGUGGAAAGAGCAAGAGCUAGCUGAUCUCUCUCGUCAGAUUCUUAGUGGUUUAGCUUAUCUCCAUGGCCGUCACAUCGUUCACCGUGAUAUCAAACCUUCGAAUCUGCUUACCAACUCUGCUAAGAACGUUAAGAUUGCUGAUUUUGGAGUGAGUAGGAUCUUGGCUCAGACUAUGGAUCCCUGUAACUCGUCUGUAGGUACCAUUGCUUAUAUGAGUCCUGAGAGGAUCAACACUGACUUGAACCAGGGGAAGUACGAUGGUUACGCUGGAGAUAUCUGGAGCUUAGGUGUUAGCAUUUUGGAGUUUUACUUGGGGAAAUUCCCAUUCCCUGUGAGCAGGCAAGGUGAUUGGGCAAGCCUCAUGUGUGCCAUUUGUAUGGCCCAGCCGCCUGAAGCUCCAGCGACGGCGUCACCUGAGUUUAGGCACUUUAUAUCGUGUUGCUUGCAGAGAGAACCAAGGAAAAGGAGAAGUGCGAUGCAGCUUUUGCAGCAUCCUUUCAUAUUAAGAGCAAGUCCGAGCCAGAACAGGUCUCCUCAGAAUCUACAUCAGCUCUUGCCUCCUCCUCGUCCUCUGUCCUCCUCGUCUUCUGCUUCAUCUUCUCCAACCACAUAGCGUUCUCUCUCCCUCCCUCUCUCUCUCUCUCUCUCUCUCUCCUCCUUCAACUUACAUUUUGUCCAAUUUUUGCGUAAGCUUAUCUUCAUUACUAAUCAUUCAAGAUGGGUCUCUGAAUCUUUACAUUUAUUUAGGCGAGUAAAAGAGAGGGUUUAGGGAUGAUUGAAUCAUUUGGGGUUAUUGUUUUUCUAGAAAGAUUUAAGAGAAGAAUGAUAAAAAUUCGUAUGAAUUAUGAUCAUGGUGCUCUGUAUCCUCAAUGUAGUUUUUCUUGAAUUUUUAUUCAUAAAAAGUUUUUGCCUUUUC